GGAAGAGGCAAAGGUCGGAGUCCCAGAGGAUAGAGUGAGCGGCCUCAGACUGAAAGUUUGCCAUGUCGUCAGGAGUCUAUUUCACCUACAAGGGGAUCCUCCUCCCAGUGCGGGAGCUCAAGGAGGAAACCGUCAAAUAUGUCGAAAAUGAAUUCCAAGUACGGGAUGAUGAUAUAUUUAACGUCACUUACCCCAAAUCAGGUACCAAUUGGAUGUCAGAGAUCUUGGGCUUGAUCCGUAAUGAUGGGGACCCCAGCUGGAUACGGAGUUUGACAGUGUUUGACCGGACCCCCUGGAUAGAGACUGAUCAUGGCCUAGAGACUGCCUUGAAAUAUCCUCCGCCCAGGCUGAUCUCCACUCACCUUCAAAUCCAGCUUUUCCCCAAGUCCUUUUUCCACUCCAAGGCCAAGGUGAUCUACACCUUGCGCAAUCCCAAGGAUGUGCUGGUCUCACACUACCAUUUCUCUAAGAUCUUCAAAUUAUGGAAGGACCUGGGGACCAUGGAAGAGUUGCUGAAGGACUUCCUGAGCGGGAAUGUGCCUUUUGGUUCUUGGUUUGAUCAUGUGAAGGGCUGGCUGCCAAUGAAGGACAGAGACAACGUCUUCUUUAUUACCUAUGAAGAGUUGCAGCAGGACCUACGAGGCAGCGUUGAGAGGAUUUGCCACUUCCUUGGGAAGGAGCUCAACAGCCAGCAGAUUGACUCUGUGGUGGAAAAUGCCUCUUUCCAGAAGAUGAAGGACAACAAGAUGUCCAAUUUCACCAUAGUUGGAGAGAGCUACAUUGACCAUGAGAAAGGGAAGCUCCUGAGAAAAGGAAUCUCUGGGGAUUGGAAGAACCACUUGACAGUGGCACAGAGUGAACUCUUUGACCAUGUUUAUCAGGAGAACAUGCGGGGUGUGAGCAUGACCUUCCCAUGGGACUGAAGAGUCCCAGAGUGUUCUGCAUCCUCACAGAACAGACAUGUCAUGUGGUCCAGAUUCCUUCUACCGAGAAACCAGGUCCUGACGUUAGCAGUUUUGCUAGACAACGGCGUCUUUCCUACUGCCUUAAAAAGCCACUCGCAUUACCUGAUGUUACCGUGUUCUUGUCUUGUGUUCAGACGACUUUGUAAACAUCCCAGCACACUCUCGUAUCUUCCCCGCCCCCCCAAUAAAACUGGUUUCUCCUGCA